CACCAUCCUACACUACACUGUCUCUCUCUCCAAAGUCGAGGUGUGUACUGCAGUAUUGCCCUCCAGCUUUUUCCUCUCGCUCCCCAUCUCCUUCCCUCUAAUGAUAGCUUAGAGAGAGAAGGAGAAAAGGCUAUUCCGCUCAAGGCAAGGCAGGCAGGAGCUAGCUCGGGGACAGCGUCGCCGGGAGAGCUCGAUCGCUGCACCACUACAUCACUAGAGAUAGCCCAUGGAGGAGAUCGGCCACCACUUCGGGCUGGGAGCCACCGCCCACGGCCAGCACCACAGCCAGCUCCCAUGGGGCUCUUCGCCGCUCAGCGCCGUCAUCGCGCCGCCCCCACAGCAACAGCAGCAGCAGCAGCAGUCCGCCGGCUAUCUGGCGCACAGCCCCCUCUCCCUGAACACGGCGCCGCCCAGUGGAAGCCACGGCGGCGGCAGCGGGUGUAGCAACCCGGUGCUGCAGCUGGCCAACGGCAGCCUCCUGGAGGCGUGCGCCAAGGCGGCCAAGGAGCCGUCGUCGUCGUCCUACGCCGCCGACGUCGAGGCCAUCAAGGCCAAGAUCAUCUCCCACCCCCACUACUCCUCCCUCCUCGCCGCCUACCUCGACUGCCAGAAGGUGGGGGCGCCGCCGGAGGUGUUGGCGAGAUUGACGGCGGUGGCGCAGGACCUGGAGCUGCGACAGCGCACGGCGCUCGGCAGCCUCGGCACCGCGACGGAGCCGGAGCUGGACCAGUUCAUGGAGGCGUACCAUGAGAUGCUGGUGAAGUACCGGGAGGAGCUGACGAGGCCGCUGCAGGAGGCCAUGGAGUUCCUGAGGAGGGUGGAGACGCAACUCAACUCCCUCUCCAUCUCCGGCAGAUCGCUGCGCAAUAUCCUUUCCUCCGGCUCAUCUGAGGAAGAUCAAGAAGGUAGCGGAGGAGAGACAGAGCUUCCUGAGAUUGAUGCCCACGGCGUGGACCAGGAGCUGAAGCACCAUCUCCUGAAGAAGUACAGUGGGUACCUGAGCUCCCUCAAGCAAGAGCUGUCAAAGAAGAAGAAGAAAGGAAAGCUCCCGAAGGAUGCUCGCCAGCAGCUCCUCAGCUGGUGGGAGAUGCACUACAAAUGGCCUUAUCCCUCGGAGAGCCAGAAGGUGGCGCUGGCCGAGUCGACGGGCCUGGACCUGAAGCAGAUCAACAACUGGUUCAUCAACCAGAGGAAGCGCCACUGGAAGCCGUCGGACGAGAUGCAGUUCGUCAUGAUGGACGCGUACCACCCCCCUAACGCCGCCUUCUACAUGGACGGCCACUUCGUCAACGACAGCGGGCUCUACAGGUUCGGCUAGCUCGGCCAGGCCUCGUCUCUUGCCGGUCACCUUGGUCGGCGCCAAUGGCGGCGACUGAGUGCCUUAUGCUGAAGCACUUGGGGACCGACGACCGAAGCUAGUUAAGUUAGCGUUUGUGUGCCGCAUGCGAGCUGGAAGGAGGCCGCAUGCGAGCUGGAAGGAGGCCGCAUGCUUAUUUUGUUUAUCAUCACUACUUAUACCUACCUACCUAUCAUUUAUGCAUGGACUCGAUCGCUUUUGUGUGGUUUUGUAGCGAUUGACGCGACCAUAUGGACAACCGCCUGUUUGCUGCGACAUGCCUUGCUACGUGCAUGCUUGAAUAAUUUGCCUUCUCUCCA